AUGACCUCUCCCAGCGAACCUCAAGACCCAACCACCACGGACCAGUGGCUGGUCUGCACCGCAUGUGGCACCCAAUUUCCCACCUCCGACCGCGCCGCCCUCACCAGCUGCUUCAUAUGCGACGACCCCCGACAAUUCGUCCCCGCCUCGGGCCAGUCCUUCACCACCACCGCGCAGCUCAAGGCCUCGCGGUACCAGAACACCUUUACGCCGUACGCCCGCGACCCGCGCAUCACCUACAUCCGCACCGAGCCCUCCUUUGGCAUCGGCCAGCGCGCCACCCUCAUCGCCACGCCCGCCGGCAACGUCCUCUGGGACUGCCUCACCCUCCUCGACGACGCCGCCGUCUCCCGCAUCCGAGACCUCGGCGGCCUCGCGGCCAUCGUGAUCAGCCACCCGCACUUUUACAGCGCGCACGUCGUCUGGGCGCGCGCCUUUGCGUGCCCCGUGUACCUCGCCUCCGAGGACGCCCCGGCCUGGUGCGCCGUGCGCUCCCCCGCGCACCAGCAGCUGCUGACCGCGCCGGAGACGAGCAUCCUCCCCGGCGUGACGGCGGUCAAGGUCGGCGGGCACUUCCCGGGGUCGCUGGUGCUGCUUUUUGAGAGGCACCUUUUUGUGGCGGACACGUUCAUGCUGACGCUGUCCGGCGUCGGCGACUACGGGGGGAGGGAGAGGCCGCAGGGGCUGAACACGUUCUCGUUCAUGUGGAGCUACCCGAACAUGAUACCGCUGGGGGCGGACGAGCUGGCGGGUAUGUGGGAGAGGGUACGUGGGUGCGAGUUUGAGGCGGCGCAUGGGAGUUUUGUAGGGCGCGACUUGGAGGACAGCGCGGUAAAGGCGAGGUUGCUGGAGAGCAUGCAGCUGCAGGUUCGUGCCAUGGGGCAUUCCGCCCAUCCGCUGUUGGAGGAGGUGCUCUGA